AUGCAGUUUCUUAGGGCUCAACGAACCGCAGAUAUUUCCAUGUAUAUUCCAUUACAUCAAGCUGCACUCACAGGUGAUUGGGGCAAGGCUAAAAAAUUCAUCAGUUUGCACCCGAAUGCAGUAACUGCUAGAAUCACAAAAGGGGGGGAAACAGCCCUUCACAUUGCAGCUGGUGCCAAACAGACAAGGUUUGUUGAGGAGUUGGUCAAAUUGAUGGCUACAGAAGAUUUAGAAUUGAGAAACAAGUACAACAAAACAGCACUUUAUUUUGCUGCUGCAUCGGGAAUUACAAGGAUUGCUGAGAUUAUGGUUAGAAAACACUCGAACUUGCCGGCAGUGGGUGGUAACGGAGUGACAGCACUCCACAUGGCUGCUUUGUUAGGUAACAAGGACAUGGUGCAGUUUCUCUACACUGUCACUGAUAAUGAAGAUCUGACAGAGGAAGACUAUAUCGAAUUAUUUCUUGCUGCUAUCAACUCUGAAAUGUAUGAUGUAGCUUUGGAAAUACUCCUGCCCCGACCAAGAUUAGCCAUUGCAAGGGAUUCAAAUGGCGAGACAGCCCUUCAUGUUUUAGCUCGAAAGCCUUCUGCUUUUUCUGGAACAAGUCAGCUACGAAUCUGGCAGAGACGUAUAAUUUCAUGGAUCCACAUGCUAACACCUGAUGCAUACCAGAAUCAAAAAUACUCCCCAGGUCUGUACUCUCUAUCUGUAUGUUCAUAUGCUCUUUUGGAGUCUGAAUCCAUUAGGUUUAAACAUAAAUUCAAAAGUCGUGCUAGGAAUUGCAGUCUCGCUCUACUUGACUACUUUGGCAACUACCACCUACAAAAGAAUGAAAAAGAAAAAAGAUUUAGACUGUUUUGGCACACAGCCAAAGUUUUAGGUAAGCCGAAUUUUAUUCUUAUCUACAUCUUCACUUGCUCCUUGACUGACUUGGCCUUUCUUCUGACGCUAGCCCUGAGGUUGCUCAAGUGUCUUUGGGAACAAGCUCUGUUAUUGGAUGACUUACAUCUGGGGAAAUUACUUAGAAAGCCUUCGCAACCAUUAUUUGUUGCUGUAGAGUUUGGAAACUUUGAGUUUGUCGCUGUGCUUAUUCACUCCCAUCCCGAUCUAAUUUGGAGCGUAGACAAGGACAGCCGAACCAUCUUUCAUAUUGCAGUUAUACAUCGCCAAGAAAAGAUCUUCAAACUUAUUUAUGGCAUAGGAGCACACAAAGAUUUAAUUACUGCUUAUAGAGAUAAAAAGAAUAAUAACAUGCUCCACUUGGCUGGAAUAUUGGCUCCUUCAGAUCGACUUAACGUCGUGUGUGGUGCCGCACUUCAGAUGCAACGAGAAUUAUUAUGGUUUAAGGAAGUGGAGAAAAAUGUCCAACCAUUAUACAGAGAGAUGAUAAACACAGAAGGUCAAACACCCCGAAUGAAAUUUACCUUGGAGCAUCGGGAAUUGGUCAGGGAAGGAGAGAGGUGGAUGAAGGACACUGCCUCAACAUGCAUGCUUGUCGCUACGCUUAUUACAACAGUGAUGUUUGCUGCACUUUUCACUGUACCUGGAGGGAACAGUAACCAAGGCACCCCCAAUUUUCUUAAAGACAAGUUAUUUAUAACUUUUGCCAUAUCAGACGCAUCUGCCCUUUUCUCCUCAGUCACUUCUACAUUUAUAUUUUUUUCUAUCCACACGUCACCAUGUACCGAAAAUGAUUUCCUCUCCUCCUUACCUAAGAGAUUGAUUAUUGGUCUUACAACCCUCUUCUUUUCUAUAGCAUCAAUGCUUAUUGCCUUCACUGCAACCUUUUUCGUUCUACUUGGCAAUCAACUGGCAUGGGCUAUCAUUCCUGUUGCACUAGCUACUGCUAUCCCGGUAACAUUAUUUGCAACUUUGCAGUUCCCACUAUUGGCUGGCAUGAUCCAUUCUACUUUUGGACCAGGACUCUUUUCUUCGAAAAGUAAAGAUACCCCGUUUCAGUUUGACGAGGAUUAUCACCCGGAUGUAUAAGAUUUUUUAGAAUAUUAUAUUAUGCAUGUGA